GGAGGUGUAAAGCAAGAAUAAUCAAAAACGGAAGGAGGAACUUCUUCUGCUUCUGGAGCUGCUGCUAUGGAUUUCAAAGAUGACAAGAAGUUGAAUAAUCAAGAGGAUGAUGUCAAGAAUCUUCAGGAUGAAUAUUUCAAAGCGUAUUAUGCUGCAUUACUCCAGAGGCAAAAAGAACAAGAACAAGGCACCAAAAAGGAACAAGAUUUCUUUUAGAAAAGAAAAACUUAUGAGUCAAAUUUCGAAUCAAAGAGAUCACAGGAACAUAGAAGGUGAGAUGUGUCUUAAAUGUCCUUAUUCACACAACACACUCACACACACGUACACACACACUAAUUGUGUUUGCUGCAAAUUGUUGAUUGCUUUAAGAAGAGAAAAACUAGGCGAAAGUGCACCAUUUUGGAACUUCUGUGCAGCUUGUUAUCAAGAUCUGGAAGCCCCAACUCCAAUUCCUACUACCUCAAGUGUAACUCACAUGGUUGAUGAGAACUUCAGUGUGGUUUCAGGUGGAGAUGUUUAUCAUGUGGAGUACUACGAUAGGUUCUCAAUGAAUCAAGUCCUUGACCCCCAUUGGGGUGUGCUUUAUGAAGAAGAAUCAACUGGUCAUAAGUCUCACACUGUCAACAUUCUUGUGAAUAAUGCUCCAGGAGUUCUCAACCUGGUCACCGGAGUUAUAUCCAGAACGGGUUACGAUGUACCGAGUCUGGCUGCAGGUCCUGCAGAAAUGGAGGGUCUAGCUUGGAUUACAAUUGUGAUUCCUGUAACAGAUGAAUCUUGUAGUGUAAAACUAUUCUUUUUUUUUUUAAUGAAAAAAUCUUGUAAAAGAUGUACCAGGAGCUGUGGUUCAACUCAAGGGACGUUUUAA